AUGUCAAAUAACCUCUAUUCUCAUUCUAAUUCCACCGACGACGAGGACGACGACACACAUCUCCCUUCUCUCCUGUUCCAUCUCCCACACGAUCUUGUCCUCCAUAUCCUCACCUAUCUCGAUCCUGGCUCCCUUAUCGCUGUUUCUCUUACGAACAAGUCCCUCCAUCACACUGCUACCGAUGACGCUGCUUGGCGCCGUGCCUUUGCCUUCUCUUUUCUAGGCAUACAACCUUCAGAGGAGAACUCAAAGUUCACUUCUAUCAUCGCUUCGAGAAUCUCGGGCAGAUUCAGCUCAUGGAAAGAGGAAUUCGUUAGGCGGUCCAUCUACAUCCGUCGCUGGAAGAAAUCGAAGGCCCCGCUUAUCACUCACAACCCCAGAGUCGCUACUAUACACCAGAUAUCUCUCGAUUUGUCCACCAUUACAAACCCGGAACUCACCCCGCGAAGACUCAUCUCCGUAUCCCUCAUGCACGCCUGCUUGAGUAGAUCGGAGCCUUUCAGUGGUAAGCUAGCCAAAGGCUACAUUCUUGCACCAGGAAUGGCCCCCAACGAUGCCUCUACUGUAGAGCUGUCCAGUGAUGGCAGAGUCAUUUGGGGCUUUGCUUCUGGUUUUGUCGGUUUCACCCAGAUCGCUAAAAGUGCUUUGCAGCACGGCUCUGGAGCUGCAUCUGCGUGGGGUGUGCGAGGCAGCGGAUUAGCAACACAUCAAAACAUUAGCCGUGAUUUUCACUAUGGACCUGUCACUUGUCUUUCUCAUCCAUCAACGACUCUCUCAAAGAGCGCUUGGGCUGCGCCCUCUUUCGUCAGCGGCAGCAUGGAUGGCGUCGUUAAGUUGUGGUCGAAUGAGCCUGAGCUGCGUUGUAUAUGGAGCUCAGACGUCAAAAAGCUACUCAACUCCAAAGGAGAGGAGUUGGCGCACGUAGAUUCAGUAACACAAGUAGCUUACGAUAGCACGAGUUGUUCUAUCGCUGCUGGAUAUGAGAGUGGAACAGUCAGAGUAUGGAGUAAUAUGCCAAUUGAGGCAUGUAUCAGUGAAGAAAACCCCAGAGACACAAUAGAAGAACACCGUGUAGCUUAUACUUCUCUUGGAAGCUUCACUAAAUACUUACCAAUCUCAAAACUUCUACUAGACACUCAAGGUCCUAACGACGUGAGCGUUCUGAUAUAUCGCAAGCCAGAGACCUUCUUCGAGAGGCAUGACAUUGAGACUAAAAAGAAGAGAAUCUUUGGGCUUGGUCCAAUAUCCGAACUCACAUCUUUCUAUUUGAACAACGAUCUCAGCAAGUGCUCGCCACUUUCAACUCCGAUAUUGAGUAGAAGUGCGUCUUCCACCAACAAUUUCUCUGAUGCACUCAACAUUGGCUCCUCAUUUAACACAAAAGAUCAGAUAUUAAAACAUAGAAGGGCAGUCGUAGCUGGUGACUCUAGCGGAAGGACGUGUGUAUGGGAUUGGGAUGCGAGGUCGGAUCAGGUGAUAGAGCCGUUGAGAAUAUUUGGCGGACACCACUCAAAGAUAACCACCAUCUCUCUCACGCCUCUACUUCUACUGACUGGUGCUGCAGAUGGAGUGCUCAUUGCGCACGAUCCACUCACCGGUGAUGCCAUAAGAUCAUUCAAUCAAACAUCAUCGACUCGUCAUCUCUCUCGGUAUCUGGCCACAAAUGAGGCAUCGACGGAAGACGAGAACGCGUUUGCUGUCAGCGGAAUAGUAGCGGAUGAAUUUGCUGUCGUCGCUGCUAUCGGCAACAAAGUAAUUGCAUGGAAAGCUGGGGGUAUAAAAGAUUUUAAAACUAGAGGUAAAGGAUGGAGAGGCUCGAAUAAGGGAGUUGCGCAGAAGAAUCAGUACUCGUCAGAUGUGCGGGAUGAGAUAAGAGAGUCACUUGUGAUGCAAGACGAAACCGACGAUGUUUCCGAGAGUGAAGCGGAUAGAAAGCAGAAUAUGAUGAAGACUCUUGGCCGCUUGGAGAAUUUAGGACUAGAUGAAUCGGAGACCUUAGAGUACAUUAUGAUGAUCAGCCAAGAAGAGGAAGAGAAUCAAAAGAAGAUGCGAGAAGAAAGCGAAAUGGAAGCGAUAUUGGAUGAAAUAAAGAAAAGCGAGGAUCUCGAAAAGCAGUAUGAGGGUGACUUUCCCUAUGAGCCAAUCGAAGGAUCCUCAAAGCAGCACAUUGAAGAUGCUAUAAAUCUAGAAGGCGAUAGUGAUACGAACAACCUGACCAAGAAGGAGGGCAAGAGGAGUGAGUAUGCGCCAGUCGCACCUCAAGAAGAGGCGAUAGAGGAAGAGAAUCCCGAACCUCCGAGCUACUCACAGGUAGCCGAAAACGUGGAUCAGAAUUUCGAGGCGCAGCUAGAAGAGGCAAUCAAAGCUAGUCUGAGUGAGAUUUAG